ACUUCAUUCUGACUACUGUCGAGGGGGAAGAAGGAGAGGAGCGGGAGGCGAGGCAGGGCUGAAGGGCGACGUCGUUCUCCUGCGGUCCGGAGUUGUUGUACGGGGUGGGCUUCAAAGCAGGCAAAGAAGAGAAACCCACCCGGCUGGCUCUCUCUCUCUCUCUCUCCUCCCGAGGUCUGUUCUUUCUGCAGCAUGAAAGCCUUUAGCCCGGUGCGAUCCGUCCGGAAAGCCAGCCUUUCGGAGCACAGCCUGGGGAUAUCCCGAAGCAAAACCUCGCUGGACGACCCGUUGAGUUUGCUCUACAACAUGAACGACUGCUACUCCAAGCUGAAGGAGCUGGUGCCCAGCAUCCCGCAGAACAAGAAAGUCAGCAAGAUGGAAAUCCUGCAGCACGUCAUCGAUUACAUUCUGGACCUCCAGAUCGCGCUCGACACGCAUCCCAGCAUCGUCACCCUCCACCACCAGAGACCCGUGGUGGGACAGAACCCUUCCUCCAGGACCCCUCUGACCACCUUGAACACAGACAUCAGCAUCUUGUCGCUACAGGCAGCUGAAUUUCCCACAGAGUUAAUGUCAAAUGAGAGCAAAGCACUUUGUGGCUAAAAUGUGUUUGGUGUUUGCUGGAUUUUUGCACAAGAAGAUACAUUCCCCCCUCCCAAACAGCAACUCUUGUUUCCCCCCCAGCUAUAUCUGGAUUGGGGAGGGGGAUCCAUAUUCAGUUAAAUGAACCUUUUAAAGAAAAAUUAAUGGAUAUCAUCUUCCACCACCGUUCUUCAUCUUGGACUUAAUCUUAAUUAUUUAUGAAAAGAGACUUUUAAAAUGCCCUUUCCCUAGCUGGAAAGGCUUCAUUUAUAUGCUAUAUUCCCACAGUAGGGAGCCAAAUGAAACUCUUUUUUUGUUAAAAAAAAAGCCCUCUUUUAAGGAAUUUUCCCUUUUAAAGCAGACUUUGCCUUUUUUUUCCUCGAAAAGGUGGAGCGUGAGUAUUAGAAGAUUUGGGUGUUCAGUUUUCUGUGAAGUCUUGGGUCAAAAAUUAGCUUUUUUUGACAUUGCGUCUAGGACUGAAUGCUGUGUACAUAUUUAUAUAUAAAUAUGGGAAUGAAACUUUGAACUCUUUAAUUGAGAGUUUUCUUGUAUAGUAGCAGAAAUGUAUAUUUCUGCCCAAAAAAAAAAUAAUGUUAUGAUGUACCUAAUCAUGCUGAACUUUUUAUAAAAGUUUAGUUGUAAACUUAACCUUUUUAUACAGAAUCAAAAUAAAUUGUGUGUUCAUUGAA